UUAUUCAGAAAUUUAAAAGAAAGUUAUAUUCCAAAACUAAUUUCAUUUCUUUUCUAUGAUAAGCUAAAUUAAAAAUUCAAAAUGAAAGGGACUUCUUUUUAUUUUCUUUAAAAGAAAAAAAGAUCACGCAGGUGUCUAUGGGCGGCUCAAGCCUUUUGGGUACGAGUCCGAAAACUUUGGUAAAGACAAUUUUGGCCCAUAACCAAAGCUUCAACAGUGAACCCUGUUUCACUCAGUAGUUUUAAGUAAACAAUCAAAGGGUUUUCGAUCUGUGACUGAAGAAAAAAAAAAAAACAAAGGGUCACCAUCUUUAGUACUCAAAAUUGUUAGAAGCUUCGAACUAUUGCAAUCAAGCAGAGCUCUGAAAUCUCCAAAACUUUGGAAUUUGAGUUUCAUUUUAGAAAAAGAAAUGCAGUCUUUUUGCCGAAGUUUAAGCUUUCCUUAAUAUAUGAAUCGAUCUUUUGUGUUAAAUAAUUUUUGAUGGCUUAUGACUAUCUAUGGAAUUAAUUUUUUCCUGGGGAUAUUCUACUUUGGGAUGUGAUAAUUGAAAGUUUUGUGAGGGAUAUAAAAUAUUUAACCUUACUCUUUGCACCAUAUUGUAAUUGAAGUGAGAGAUUACUUUGUUUAUGAUGAUUGUAUAUGUUACGCACUCAGAGUAUGAAGUUUUUUUGGUGAUGUUCUGAAUAUUUUAGAAUAGUUUCUUAAAUGAAACAAAAUUGAAAUUCUUUGGCAGACAAAAUUUGGUACCCAAACGGAGGCAUUGACAUUGUCCAAGGGCAAUGGCUCAAGUGCUGGGCUCAGUUUUUCUUUUCCCAUUAGGAAUAUGAUAACAACAGGAAAUUCUACGAAGUUGCCUUCCACAGUUUCGUCAGUGCCCACCACAGAUGCAGCCCCCAAAAUCAAGUUUAAGAGACUCGAUAAAACUGCCAGGCACAUAAUGCAGAUUCUAGACAAAGAGUCAGUUCAGGAAGUAAAGGCACAGAAGGAGAUGCCUGAUAUAAGGCCUGGGUAUAUUGUGCAACUCAAAGUGGAAGUUCCUGAGAAUAAGAGACGUGUAUCAAUUGUGAAAGGCAUUGUUAUAGCAAGACGUAAUGCUGGGCUGAAUACUACAUUUAGAUUAAGGAGGCUAGUGGCAGGGGUUGGAGUCGAGUCUCUGUUCCCACUGUACUCACCUAACAUUAAGGAAAUAAGGGUGCUGGACAAGAAGAAAGUGAGGAGGGCCAAGCUUUACUAUCUCAGAGACAAGAUGAAUGCACUUAAGAAGCAGUAGUAUCAAGUUUCAUAGCUAGUGGGAUCUUGAUUAUCGUUUCCUUGAGAAAGAUAGUGGGAUUGGAUCAUGCUGCUGGGAACUAUUUGCACUCCUUUUUACCUUGUACAUUAUUCAUACAGGUUUAGUUCCUUUCUUCUUCUUUUUUUUUUU